AUUACGAUAAAGGGUCUAAAAACGGUUGUUAGGGCAAUUGGCCAAAAAGGGUUUUAGACGGAACUAAAUCCAAAGCUAAAGGGAAAGCGCUUGCGUUUUACUACGCUGUGCCCGCUCGCUAUGCAGAUCGCACGGAGGCGGUUCUUCCAGACUGUUCUCUCCUGCUGCUCUUCUCCACCCUUCUCCUCCGCCGGCAUAACAACGCUCACUCGAAGACGUGAUGGAUUGAACCUGUCGCUGCAUCGCGCCACCCUGGCUGUACCAUGGGCGGCACUGCAGUCCCGAGGCGCUAAAAUACUCGGCACCGAUGUGAGGCCUGGAAAGAUCGUGCAAAGAAAAGGUCGUAUUUAUCAGGUACUAAAAGCACAACAUACACAACAUGGAAGAGGAGGAGCAACUAUACAGGUGGAACUUCGAGAUGUUGAUACUGGGAACAAAGUAACAGAAAGAUUUCGCACUGAUGAAGCAAUUGAGAGUGUCUUUGUUGAGGAAAAGUCAUUCACAUUCUUGUAUCAAGAAGGCAAUUUAGUAACGCUUAUGGAUAGGCCGAGCACAUUUGAGCAAGUGGAAGUGCAGAAAGAAAUGUUUGGCAAAGCUGCUGCCUAUCUUAAAGAAGACAUGGAGGUGACACUGCAGUAUUAUGAUAACAAAUUAAUGUCUGCAUCAGUUCCUCUUCGUGUAAAAUGCAAAGUUGUUGAAGCACAGCCUAAUGCUAAAGGGCUAACAGCUUCUCCUCAGUACAAAAGGGUUGUAAUAGAUAAUGGCCUUACAGUGCUUGCACCUCCCUUCAUUGACAUUGGCCAAGAGAUCAUGGUCAAUACCACUGAUGACUCAUACAUUACCAGGGCAUAAGAGUCGCAUCUCCAGGUGGAACUCUACACCUGAGCCUUUUUGUUUAGUAUUGUAACACUGGCUACCGCAAAUAUCUUAAUUAUUUUCCAUUAGACGAGUUUAUUAUUUUUUCCUUUUAGAGUUCCAUGUAGUUUGACGAACAAAGUGUCGAUAUUGCUGAUUAAAAAUGCUUCAAUAAAUAAUGUAAUCUGCUCAUUACUCCACAUCAUUAUGGAGUCUUAUGAGCUAUACCCAAAGGGGUGCCUUUUAGUCCACUUUCAAAGGGAAAAUGUACUUUAAAUUCUUGCAAUCAGUUUUAUUUGAAACUUGAAAGUAA